AUGAUUGUAUCCAGGGAGCGAAAAUUUUGUAGUGUGUGCCAUCAACUUGGUGAUGGCUACCAUUUUGGAGCCAUCGCGUGCAAAGCCUGUGCCGCAUUCUUUCGCCGAACCACCUCCAUGAAUCUUGCCUCCAAGUUUUUGUGUCGAAAAAAGAACGAGUGCAUCAUAAAGAUGAGCAGUCGUGACAGCUGCAAAUCAUGCAGAUAUGCAAAGUGUUUGAAUGUUGGAAUGAAUCCGGAAGUUGUCCAAUCCCCCCAAUCCUCCAACAAAUCAUCAUCUUCCAUGGAAAUCGAAAGCCUACCAUCCUGCUCAUCCUCUCCUGCAUCAUGCAACAGUCCUAUUCUCAGUCUCGACCUAGUUGACUACCAUGAGAUGACCCCAGUGCUCUGCGGAGUCAUGCAAAGCUAUCAGAAUUUGUACAAAAAAAGAUACGGCUUGCAUGCGCCAAAAAUGAAACCCCGAGCGACAACUUACGGAGAAUUCUGUAACAUCUAUGUGAACGAUGUGUACCUACAGUAUGAAUUCCUAGAAGACAGUUUUCCUCAGUUCAAGGAAAUGGGCGGUUUUGAAAAGAAGCAUGUCUUCAAAUACUUUUUUGUAUCAUUUAUGAUCCUUGAAAUGGGAUACAAGAGUUAUCUGGAAGGAACGGAAGUUUUCGUUUUGGCAAAUGGAGAUUUCAUAGAUACUAUGAACUUGGACACUUUUUAUUACGACCCGGAGCACCGUGAGCGGUGUAAGUCUACAGAAGCAAUUGCAAUGUACCGCCCGUAUUUCGACCAGAUGAAGCGUAAUGUUUUCCAACCUUUGUGCCAUCAAAAAAUCUCGUUAAUCGAAUUCCUGGCUCUAGUAACAUUAUGUACUUGGAAUGAUUCUCUAGAAGGACAACCGGAUUCGUAUUAUCCACUUUGUCGACCGGUUAGACAGAAAGUUAUAGCAGAGCUCAUGUCGUUUUACGAGAAGGAUACGCCGGAUGUGGACCCGGCGUACAGGCUGAGCGGACUGUUAAUGUUGUUGCCUGCGUUAGAGCGCUCCGUGGAACUAUUCCUUCAAACCAUGGAAGUCAAACGUCUCUUCCGCUGCUUCCCAUUCCACGACAAAAUCUACCAAAUCGUCAAUUGCCAAUAA